AUGGUCACCAUCGCCCAAGUACGGCGGUCCAACGCCCAGCUUACAGCGGAGACCGUUCCACGGACAGCCGUUUUCGUCGGCGGAACAUCGGGCAUCGGCAAACUCACUCUCGUCGAGCUUGUCUCCCUCGGCUUCCCCGUAAAGGCGUACGUCGUCGGCCGCAAGGCCACCGAGACCGCCACGAAGCCGCUGCUCGAGGACCUGAGCCGGAGGAACCCGUCUGCCGAGCUCGUCUGGGUCGAGGGUGAGGUCUCGCUCCUCUCCGAGACGAAGAGGAUCUGCGAGUGGAUCAAGGCGAGGGAGUCGCGGCUCGACUUCCUUUGCCUGACGGCGGGGUAUGCCCCCUUUGGCGGGAGGAACAACACAGUGGAGGGGCUGGACGUGACGCACGCGCUCGAGUACUAUGGCCGCAUGCUCUUCACGCUGCACCUGCUCCCCCUCCUGCGCGCCGCCCCGGCGGCGCGCGUGCUCACCGUCCUCGCGGGCAGCAUGCUCCGCGGCGGCGGCGGCGCGGGUGGCCUCCUCCUGGACGACCUCAACCUCGAGGGGCCGGGGGCCUUCGGCGGCGUGCGGACGCAGACGCACAUGGCCGUCAUGAACACGCUCUUCCUCGACCGGCUGUCGGCGGAGCCGGGCAACGAGGGCGCCGUCACCUUCGUGCACAACUGGCCCGGGGCCGUGGACACGGGCAACAUGGUGCGGUACCACGUGCCGAGCCUCUGGUCGCCGAUACCGCUGACGGCCCUGCUGCGGCCGCUGUUCCUGGUGGUGGGGUUCAGCGAGAAGGAGGCUGGGGAGAGGCAUCUCUACGUCGCGACGAGCGGGGGGAUCGGCGGCGGCGACGGGCCUCGGGUCAUAGACGGUGGUGAGAGGAAGGGAGGGGGAAGGAGGAACACGAGGGGGCAGGAGGGGCGGCGGGGGCUGUUUCUGGUGGACCACAAGUGUGAAGUGGUCGAUAAGAGCGAGAUCAUGAGGGAUUUGAGGGGCGAGGCGCAGAGGAAGGUAUGGGAGAAGACCAUGGAGAUUCUGAGGCCGUAUCUGUGA